UGCAGCCUGCGCAGGAACCUGCUCCGGAACCCCUGCGCCGAAGAAGGCUUCGAUCACUGGCUGAAAGAGUCCGACGAAGGCGACCGAUGGAAAAUCGAGGUGUUUCCCGGGGAUCACGGGAGGAACUUUCCGCAUCCACACGUCCAGAAAUACUUUGUGACUUCUUACGACCUUUGCCUCAAGUGCCAGCUCGUCACCUUGAGGGAUCACGGCUACUGGAACCAGUUGAUGGAUGAAGUCAAACCUGAUAUCGUGGUGAGCGACUGGUACGCGGCGCGUUAUGACUGCGGCUGCCGGUACCAGAUCUGCGUGCAGCUCCUGUCCAGAGAUUACAUCGUUCUGCACGAGUUUCUGCCCGAAGAGGUCGUGAUCGAACAGUGGAGCGACGCAGAAUGGCGCGAGGUUUCGCACACUUUUCACAACUACCCUUCUGGGGUCCGUCACGUCUUAUUUAAGCACGGAGGCCAAGACACCCAGUUCUGGGCUGGCUGGUACGGGGUCAGAGUGACCAACAGCAGCAUCACGCUGGGCCCCCGAAUGGCAGAUUGACGGAGAAUCGCUGCAUCGGGGUGUGUGGCGAAGGAGAGAAGAAAGUCUGUUGUUUCCGACUCUUGCUUUCUUUCACGCAGUUCGUAAGGCUUCCUGCCUGCUUCUCGUGGGGUGGAAAAGAUCACUUAGCACCAUCAAGUUCAAGGGGAGAACCUGUUUUUCCAGUUGGUAACCACAACCUGGAUUCUUAUGGUGCUGAUUGGUUGGACCCAGUUCCCCACCAGGCACACUGAUUGGUUGUGCCUGGAUAUCAAUUAUGAACUUUUUCUGCUUAUUUUUUUAGGAUGUAGCCUUGCAAGGAGGGGGGGAAGGGGGGGCAUCCACAGGCUGUUUAUGUCCACUGUCCCACGGGUGUGUGCCUUUACAUAUCUGACCUAGAAACCAACCCAAGCUGAGCGUCUGGCUGUUAAAUCAGCGGUCAGCAAGGAAUUUGCUGCGUCUUGAAUGGUUUUCAAGUAGAUUGGGGAACUUUAGAGAGGUGGGUGUGGGUCUUAGGCAGGACAGUUGGAGUAGAUGCUCCAGGCAUAGUAAACGGGGCUGUCCUGGGGACUUUGUCCUCUCCAGCUGCGCACUUCUGCCAUCUUGCCUCUGACUAGUGUGAUGGACUACAACUCCCAUCAUGCCCAGUAGGUGGCUCUGGGGAAGGCUAGACCAGCACACUUGGAAGAUGCAAGCUGGUCUUUUGGCUUGCAGGGGAAGGACAUGUAGAGAAACCCCUGGCCUGAAUUCCAGUCACCUCAAGGAGCCCGGGCAGAUCUCCCCAAAUGGUUUUCUCCACCUCAGAAAAGUAAAUCCGUUGGAGAGACGCCAUUGAUUGUGAAUAAUGGUUAUUUUUCCUUGCUUUUUCUGCAACGUUGCAAUGUCUGGAAAGUUGUAUAACUUUGAU